CAGCUGUUCAGAAUAUCUAAAAAAGCCCCAUAAGUUUAAACCAAACGCUUUAUAACGAAUUUGUGCAAAAAUCGAAAAAAAUGAACAAGGUUAUUGAAAUAAUGGACUCUGACGAAGAUAGUCAGACAGUUACGGCAGCAUCAACUACCAAUAAUAUGGAAAUUAAUGAGAGUCCCCUUGCCCAGUCAAGACGGCGUCCACGAAAGAGUGCCUUGCAAGCCAUGGAUGAUCCAGAAGUACAGUUUGCCGUUGAGCUAGUAGAAGACAAUGAUAAAAAUUCCAAUGCUCAAGAAGGUCAGCAGGAAACAAACAACGUUGACAGAGCCCAACAGUGGCCGGCUGCGGCGUCCACAUCAUCAAAAACCACGCCAAAAAUACUGACUACAAAACCUCCCACAAAUGCCGAAGUUGUUCAGGCCGCCUAUGACGAGUACCUUAACCGAUUGGAUACCAUGGAAUGUAUGGCAAAUAUUGCCCAUGAACGCGUACGCAUCAAUUAUCUAUUAUCCACAUUUGGAAUGCCCGAAAUCAAUUUUUCUCUAUACACUCCGGAAGAGACUUUAAAACUUCAGUUUAAAGAACGUUUGAAACAACUAAAAAUGAUGCAGAAUCUUAAUACACAGCGCGAAAAGAAUUUCUUGCCAAAUAAAAAUGAUGAUGUAGUUGAAUAAUUUCCACUUUGGCUUGUAAUAGUUGUUAAGAAAGAAAAUGAACUGAUUCUCUAGUACUUAGGUCACAUAUUGGGAAGAGCUUUUAAUUGAAUAUUAACUUUUUGUUUUUUUUUUGUUUUGUUUUAAGAAAAAUGAAUUGAAGUUUUUUAAAGAAAUACUCGUAAAAUUUAAGAGAAUAAAGUAAAAUUAAUUAUUCUUGUCAUACAA